AUGGCGAAGCAGUACGAUGUGCUGUUCCGGCUGCUGCUGAUCGGGGACUCCGGGGUGGGCAAGACCUGCCUGCUGUGCCGCUUCACCGACAACGAGUUCCACACCUCGCACAUCUCCACCAUCGGUGUUGACUUUAAGAUGAAGACCAUAGAGGUAGAUGGCAUCAAAGUGCGGAUACAGAUCUGGGACACAGCUGGACAGGAAAGAUACCAGACCAUCACAAAGCAGUACUAUCGACGGGCCCAGGGAAUAUUUUUAGUCUAUGACAUCAGCAGCGAGCGCUCGUACCAGCACAUCAUGAAGUGGGUCAGUGAUGUGGAUGAGUAUGCACCAGAAGGUGUCCAGAAGAUCCUGAUAGGGAACAAGGCUGAUGAAGAGCAGAAACGGCAGGUGGGAAGAGAGCAAGGACAGCAGCUGGCUAAGGAGUACGGCAUGGACUUCUACGAAACAAGUGCCUGCACCAACCUCAAUAUUAAAGAGUCUUUCACGCGUCUGACGGAGCUGGUACUGCAGGCCCACAGGAAGGAGCUGGAUGGUCUCCGGACACGUGCCAGCAAUGAGUUGGCAUUGGCAGAGCUGGAGGAAGAGGAGGGGAAACCUGAGGGCCCAGCGAACUCUUCGAAAACCUGCUGGUGCUGA